AUGUCUCCUACAAUGGUAAUGAUAUCUGAGAGUAAGAGAGAGGACGAUGAAUUAGAAAUCCGGUACCAGAAAGGAGUGAAGCAUUUGUGUGAAAAUGGCAUUACAAAACUUCCUAAGAAGUACAUAUUGCCCAUUUCAGACCGACCAAAUUCAUUCAAAGCAAAACCAUACCAAUCUCAGCUUAAUCUCAAGUUGCCCAUCAUUGAUUUUGCUGAAUUGCAAGGUCCCAACCGCUCCCAAGUCCUCAAGUCCCUCGCCAAUGCUUGUGAACAAUAUGGAUUCUUUCAGCUGGUAAACCAUGGAGUUUCAAGUGAUGUUACAAGCAAUAUGAUCGAUGUGAGUAGAAGGUUUUUUGAGCUCCCUUAUGAGGAAAGAGAGAAGUACAUGUCCGCGGAUAUGCGGUCACCAGUUCGAUACGGGACUAGCUUUAACCAAACAAAAGAUGGCGUCUUCUGUUGGAGAGACUUUCUGAAGUUAAUGUGCCAUCCCCUUUCAGAUGUUCUUCCUCAUUGGCCUUCUUCUCCCAUCGACUUGAGAAAAUUGGCUGUUAACUAUGUGAAAGAAACCAAAUUUCUGUUCCUAAAGCUAAUGGAAGCCAUUCUAGAGAGCCUUGGACUAACAAACAUGGAGAACAAGACACAGAAUGAGGAUGAUAUUUUAGAAGAAUUCGAAGAUGGAAGCCAUCUAAUGGUUAUCAAUUGCUACCCUACAUGCCCGGAACCCAAUUUGACGCUAGGAAUUCCGCCCCAUUCGGACUACGGAUUCCUCACACUUCUUCUCCAAGACGAGGUUGAGGGUCUGCAGAUACAAUUCAAAGAAAAAUGGGUCACAAUCGAACCAAUGCCCAAUUCUUUCGUUGUCAAUGUUGGUGAUCACCUUGAGAUAUUUAGCAAUGGAAGGUACAAGAGUGUGCUACAUAGAGUUUUAGUGAAUUCCUUGAAAUCUCGUAUUUCAGUGGCAACUUUGCAUAGUCUUCCUUUCAAGAGUGUGAUUCGGCCAUUACCAAAACUGAUAAACAAAGCCAAUCCAAGACGGUACAAGGACACAGAUUUUGCUACUUUUCUUGAAUACGUUGCAUCUCGUGAGCCCAAGAACAAGAAUUUCCUUGAGUCUAGGAAAUUGACUUGAUAUGAACUCGUCCAGAAAAAUAAAAAAUAAAAUAAAAUAGACUUUCGUAGCAUAAUUUGUUUUUUUUUUUUUUAAUUUUUUUUUAUCUUGAUUAAGCAGAUCAGUAAAUUUAGAUGAAAUCUAUUCGAAAUUACAGAAUAUUUAAUAACAAUUUGAAAAUUAUUUCUUCCUUUCUCUUCAUCUUCUUUCAUGUAUCAUCACCUAUAUAUUAUUUCUUGUUACUAUUCAUAAUAUAGUCAGUUAAUGGACCACCAUCAAGCCAAAGUUCUAAAAAAAAAAAAAAAUAUGGCAACCUCAACUUCGACUAAGGGGUGUAUGUAAUUGAACGAC